CAGACUGCUUUUCCAGCAGCAUGGACACAAGAAGCAUAGUAAGAUGACUAUAAUCCACAUAAGGCAGGCCCUUUGGAAAAUGUUAGGUUUAAAUUGAUGGUGAAAUGAUGUCUUGAUUAUUUGGGCCGUACUUGGGAGGCAGAAAGAAGUUGUCACUGAAAAUAUAUUAGUAAUCUCAAAGAGAACAUCUAGUGAUUGUAUUCCCUGAAUGACUACAAACCACCCAUUUCUAAAGCGAAAAUGACCCAAAUUACUAAGGCAGCCAUCAAAGCUAUUAAGUUCUAUAAACAUGUGGUACAGAGUGUUGAGAAAUUCAUUCAGAAAUGUAAACCAGAAUACAAGGUACCUGGACUUUAUGUUAUUGACUCCAUUGUACGACAAUCUCGACAUCAGUUUGGUCAAGAAAAGGAUGUUUUUGCACCUAGGUUUAGUAAUAACAUCAUUAGCACUUUCCAGAAUUUAUAUCGUUGCCCUGGGGAUGACAAGAGUAAAAUAGUGAGAGUAUUAAACUUAUGGCAAAAGAACAAUGUCUUUAAGAGUGAAAUCAUUCAGCCUCUCUUGGACAUGGCCGCAGGGAUUCCUCCGCCAGUUGUCACUCCUGUUUUGGCCAGUACAACCGCUGCUAUGAGCAACACCCCAGGAACUCCUGUGACACCUGUUACGCCAGCCAAUGUGGUUCAAGGUUUACCCGAUCCGUGGGUAUCACAGAUAACAAAUACAGAUACACUUGCAGCCGUAGCUCAGAUCUUACAAAGUCCACAAGGCCAACAGCUUCAGCAGUUAAUACAAACUCUACAGAUACAACAGCAGAAGCCUCAACCUUCCAUUCUGCAGGCCCUGGAUGCCGGUCUUGUUGUCCAGUUGCAGGCUCUUACGGCACAGCUUACAGCUGCAGCUGCAGCAGCCAACACCCUUAAUCCCUUAGAACAGGGAGUGUCUUUUAACAAGAAGUUGAUGGAUAGAUUUGAUUUUGGGGAAGAUUCUGAGCAUAGUGAAGAACCCAAAAAAGAAAUUCCAACUUCUCAGCUUUCUCAUGUUUCAGAAUCUGUGAACAAUUCCAUUUUUCAUCAGAUAGCAGAACAACUACAGCAGCAAAACCUUGAACAUCUCAGACAGCAGCUUUUGGAACAACAGCAGCCUCAAAAGGCAACCCCUCAAGAUAGUCAAGAAGGGACAUUUGGGUCAGAGCAUUCUGCCUCACCAUCACAAGGGAGCAGUCAACAGCAUUUCCUGGAGCCUGAAGCAAAUAUGGAUGAUUCCAUAGAUAUUCAGCAACAGGAUAUGGAUAUAGAUGAAGGACAAGAUGGAGUGGAAGAGGAGAUCUUUGAACAGGAAGCAAAGAAAGUGGCUGUUCGCUCAAGAUCAAGAACACAUUCACGAUCUCGUUCAAGGUCACCAAGAAAACGAAGGUCUAGGUCACGAUCUGGUUCUCGAAAGCGUAAACACAGAAAGCGAUCACGUUCCCGUUCAAGAGAAAGAAAGAGGAAAUCCUCACGUUCAUACUCAAGUGAAAGGCGUGCCAGAGAAAGGGAGAAAGAACGACAGAAGAAGGGAUUGCCUCCAAUUAGAUCUAAAACAUUAAGUGUAUGUAGUACCACUCUGUGGGUUGGUCAAGUGGACAAGAAGGCAACACAGCAAGAUUUAACCAACCUGUUCGAAGAGUUUGGACAGAUUGAAUCCAUUAACAUGAUUCCUCCCAGGGGCUGUGCUUAUGUCUGUAUGGUUCAUCGACAAGAUGCAUUUCGGGCUCUCCAGAAACUUAGUUCUGGAUCAUAUAAAAUUGGAUCCAAGGUUAUUAAGAUUGCUUGGGCUUUAAACAAAGGUGUGAAAACAGAAUACAAGCAAUUCUGGGAUGUGGAUCUUGGAGUUACAUACAUACCAUGGGAAAAAGUUAAAGUGGAUGACUUGGAAGGCUUUGCAGAAGGAGGCAUGAUAGACCAGGAAACUGUAAAUACUGAGUGGGAAACUGUGAAAAGCUCAGAACCUGUUAAAGAGGCGGUCCAGACAACUCAGAGUCCAACUCCAGUUGAAAAGGAGACAGUGGUCACAACCCAGGCAGAGGUUUUCCCUCCACCUGUUGCUAUGUUACAGAUUCCAGUAGCACCAGCUGUGCCUACAGUUAGUUUAGUUCCACCAGCAUUUCCUGUGUCAAUGCCAGUUCCUCCUCCGGGAUUCAGUCCACUCCCUCCACCUCCUUUUCUACGAGCAAGUUUCAACCCUUCACAACCACCUCCUGGUUUCAUGCCACCUCCAGUUCCACCUCCUGUUGUUCCACCACCUACUAUUCCACCAGUGGUACCAACAUCUUUAGUGCAGCCGCCAUUAUCCAUGACUCCAGAAACUGUGAAAGAUGUUGGAUUUGGUAGCCUUGUUUUACCAGGUGGUUCUGUUCCCAGCAAUCUUGCUACUUCCACUCUGCCAGCUGGAAAUGUUUUUAAUCCUUCAGCUAAAGUAGAGCCUGAAGAAAAAGUACCUCACCUUAUAGAACACCAGAUUUCUUCUGGUGAAAAUGCCAGAUCAGUGAUUCCAAGUGAUAUUUCAAGUAGCCCUGCAAUUUUAGGAGGACAGCUGCCAAAUGUGACCAGCAGUUCUGGAAUUCUGGGAGUCCAAAGACCAAAUGUAUCAAGUAAUUCUGAAAUCCUUGGAGUCCGGCCGCCUAAUGUUUCAAGCAGUUCUGGGAUGAUUGGAGCCCAGCCACCAAAUGUUCUAAAUAACUCUGGAAUUUUGGGGAUACAGCCACCUAACGUGUCGACUAGUUCUGGACUUUUAGGUGUGCUGCCCCCAAAUAUUCAUAAUAAUUCUGGACUAAUAGGAGUACAGCCACCAAAUGUUCCAAAUGCUUCUGGACUUUUGGGAACACAGCCACCAGCUGGACCUCAAAACUUGCCCCCUCUCAAUAUCUCUAGUCAGAGGAUGCCUGCAAUUCCAAUGUUAGAUGUUCGUCCAGGACUUAUACCACAGACACCAGGACCGAGAUUCCCUUUAAUGCAGCCUGGAAUUCCUCCCCAAAGGGGUAUUCCUCCUCCAUCGGUACUUGAUUCAGCUCUUCAUCCACCACCCCGUGGUCCUUUUCCUCCUGGAGAUAUUUUUAGUCAGCCAGAAAGACCUUUUCUAAUUCCAGGAAGACAAAGUAUAGACAAUGUUACUAAUCCAGAAAAACGGAUACCAGUUGGGAACGAAAACAUUCAACAGGAAGGAGAUAGAGAUUACCGGUUUCCUCCCAUAGAAACCAGGGAAAGCAUUGGUAGACCUCCCCCAAUGGAUGUUAGGGAUGUAAUUGGACGGCCUAUAGAUCCAAGAGAAGGUCCUGGAAGGCCUCCAUUAGAUGGUAGGGAUCAUUUUGGAAGACCUCCUGUUGACAUAAGAGAGAAUCUUGUGAGACCAGGUAUAGAUCAUCUUGGUCGAAGAGACCAUUUUGGCUUUAAUCCAGAGAAGCCUUGGGGGCAUAGAGAUUUUGAUGAGCGAGAGCAUCGAGUAAUACCUGUCUUUGCUGGUCCAAAAGGCUUACAUGAAGAAAGAGGUAGGUUUCGGUCUGGAACCUAUCGAUUUGAUCCUAGAAGUGGUCCUUGGAACAGAGGAUUUGGACAAGAAGUUCACAGAGAUUUUGAUGACCGCAGAAGACCCUGGGAGAGGCAGAGGGAUAGGGAUGACAGAGAUUUUGAUUUCUGCCGAGAAAUUAAUGGAAAUCGUCUUGGACGCGAUAGAAUUCAAAACACCUGGGUCCCUCCUCCUCAUGCUCGGGUUUUUGAUUUUUUUGAAGGGGCCACUUCUCAACGAAAAGGUGAUAAUGUGCCUCAGGUUAAUGGUGAAAAUACUGAGAGACAUGCUCAACCACCACCUUUACCAGUACAGAAUGAUCCUGAACUUUAUGAAAAACUGCCGUCUUCAACUGAAAUAAACAAGGAGAAGAGUGACACAGUUGCUGAUAUAGAAAGUGAACCAGUGGUAGAAAGCACAGAAACUGAGGGGACAUAAUCAUCACUCAGUAGGCAAGAUGAUGAAUGAAGUCCUGGCAGUUCCUGUGUCCCAGGCCUUGUAGAAAUAAAUGAGACGUGCUUCAAGGUUCUAAUGUGCAUCACAUCGGAUCUUGGUUAAGGAAGCGUUUAAAGGAACCCGCCGUUACCUAUUGUGAAAGCUCUGUGCUCUCAGGCAUUGUUUCUGAUUGAAUCCAGAGGUUGCAAGCAUGCCUCCCUGUAUUACCUGUUGGAGCAGGUUUAAUUUUAUAAAUUUUAAACACAAACUCUAUGAGUUUCUAGUUCAUAAUUGUUCUUUUUGAGGAUCCACUCAGAUGAACAGUAUUGCAUCUGUCAGAGAUAUGCACUGCCACGGGACCAGAACUGAUUGGAAUGUAAAUGGCAACCAGCUCCAUCCGUAGCAUCACCCAGUACCAGUGCCAGUGAUGGGAAGGACGGAUGGCAAGGAAACCCUGCAGAGGAAAGAAGUCAAGUUGUGUUGGAACUGCAGAUGACUAGAACCCUAGCUUUAGUAAACCAAGGGUUUUUUUCCCCCUGAACAUAACAUGCAUAGCUCUUGACUGCUGAUGUCAGCCCAUUAGAAUUAGUCAUCUCCUGGAUACUCUCAAACACUGAAAGUCUUAAGCUUUCAUUUAAAAAAAAAAAAUGCAGCUUUGAAAAAAGCCAGGGUUCAAUGUAAUCUUCGGGUAUUUCACUCCCCCCUUUGGUCUCCUGUUAUUACAAACGGCAGGUGCCCAGGGCAGGUGAGAAGCCUGUGGGAGAGGAAGGAAAUGACAAUGAACGGGAAUAUUACAUUGUAUCGUAAACAUACUUUAUAAGUACAUUUCUUAUUCGCUUCUUAUUCAGGCAGAGAUUAUAAAAGUCUGUUGCAAGGAUCCACACCAGGAUUUGUGUUUUGGAAAUAAUCAGUGUUCACAAUACCUGCAGGGAGAAAAAAUUACGAAACUCAAAGAUGAGCACUCUCUACACCGAAAAGAAUAUUUUUAUCAUUCUUUUAAUUGUUUUGGCUCUGUCACAAAUUAAAGUGUUGGAAUGCUGUCAUCUGUGGUCUCUUGAAAUUUAAUCAUGAGAACCUCACAUUUUCACAGUAUGCUGUCACUUGGGACAUUCAUAAUAAAAAUUGAAACUCAUUUUGGUCGCUAGUCCUUUAUUUGGCUU